AUGUCAAGUGCACUGGACACAUUUUGUGGUCAAUCAUAUGGAGCAAAGCAGUAUCAUAUGGUCGGCAUACACAUGCAGAGAGCAAUAGUGGUUACCAUGAUUGCGACUAUACCAAUGUCCAUUAUUUGGGCAUACUUGAGGCCUUUUCUGGUUGUUCUGCAUCAGGACAAAACAAUUGCAGCACAAGCUCAACUAUAUGCCAGAUACUUGAUUCCAAGCCUCUCAGCCAAUGCUCUUCUUCGGUGCUUUGUUAAAUUCCUACAAACACAGAACAUUGUCCUUCCUAUGGUGCUAGCUUCUGGAUUCACUACCUUAGCACAUGUCCUUUUCUGUUGGCUUUUGGUUCUGAAACUUAGGCUUGGCAUUAAAGGAGCUGCCAUUGCAUUUUGCAUUUCAAAUUGGCUUAACACAGUGCUACUUGCACUUUACAUCAGGCUCUCCUCUUCCUGCAAAAACACUUGGAUUGGUUUCUCAAGGGAAUCCUUGCAUAAUAUUCCUCAAUUUCUCAGGCUUGCCUUUCCCUCAGCACUCAUGGUCUGCCUAGAGACCUGGACUUUUGAACUAAUGGUGCUCUUAUCUGGUGCUCUUCCUAAUCCAACAUUGCAAACUUCAGUACUUUCUAUAUGUUUUAAUACGGCUGGGAUAUUUUGGAUGAUACCCUUUGGAGUUGGUGCAGCUGCAAGGAACAUUUGGGGCCGAAUUUUUACCAAUGUAUCUGAUAUAGUGAGUUACGUGGAGUCCAUGACACCAGUUCUUGCAAGCUGUGUCUUUGUAGAUUCGAUUCAAACAGCAUUCUCAGUUGAAUACAUUUCCACAGUUUACAAUUUGGAGAUGAAAGUAGGAACCAUCUUCAGGUAA